UAAAAUGAGUCUGUGCUUGGAAAUGACGAAGCGUCAGUGUUGCGGACCUUGCGGAUGCUGAGGACGAAAGCAAUAAUGUGAAAUAGUGUAAAGAAUUUUGAUGUGUGAAGGAAAUAUGUGUGAUGUGUUAAUGGUUACAUUAAGAUGUAUGCCUUGAGCUGGUGAUUAUGUUAAUUAUGGAAGUAGAGGUGCAGAAAUCCAGUCAUGAGUAAACGUCGACGCACAUCGUCAGUUGCAAGUCGCGGCCAGGAUGAAGAGUCUGGUGAAACAGAUGCUGCACCAGAACCUGCCCGAAAGAAAAAGAAGUUGGACCCAGCAGAGUUGUGCCAUCAGCUGUAUGAUACAAUUCGCAACCACAAGAAGGAAGAUGGAACUCUUCUUUGCGAUGCUUUUAUACGUGUUCCAAAACGUCGUCAAGAACCAGGGUAUUAUGAGGUUGUAACAAAUCCCAUUGACCUACUGAAACUGCAGCAGAAACUGAAAACUGAUGAAUAUGAAGAUGUGGAUGAACUCACAACUGAUGUCCAAUUAAUGGUUAACAAUGCUAAGGCAUUUUACAAGAGAACAUCUCAAGAGUAUCGGGAUGCUUGUGAGCUAUGGGACUUAUUUGUUUCCACCAAGAACAAGCUUCUUGAGGACCAGCGACCUGGAGAGGAUGCAGGCCAGGAGCACAAGGGCAAGAUAAUACUCAAAGUUGGUAAAUUGGCACGUAGAGCUGCAGCUGCAGAGGCCAGAAAGCAGGACUCUGAAGCAGCAGAGGAUACAUCAGAAAGUUCAACUAAUCCAGAUGAGGAAGCCAACAUGUAUGAGGAUUUGUUCACAGCAGUGAUGAUGGCAACAGAUCAGGACAACCGCCCACUUCACACCGUGUUCCAACUGCUGCCCUCCAAGAAGCGAUACCCUGAAUACUAUGAUGUGAUAGACAACCCUGUGGAUCUGAAAAUGAUAGCAACUAAAAUUCAGCAGAACCAGUACUCAAACCUGGGAGAGCUAGAAAAGGAUUUGUUACAGAUGACUCGCAAUGCUUGUCUUUUCAAUGAACCUGGUUCUCAGAUCUACAAAGAUGCCAAGACUUUACGCAAAGUAAUUUCAAGUAAGAAAAUUGAAGUGGAACAUGGCAAGUACCAGCCUGGUACUGGCAAAAGCAGUGAACGGAUAAGGAACAAACGAAUGCGAGGAGUACAGUCCCUGUCAGCCAUUACGGCAGCUUUGCGUGAUGAAGAAGAAGAGUCAGAUGAUGGUGGGCCUAUGGAUGAAGAUACAGCCCUUGAAGAUGUAGAUAACCCUCGGUGGCAACUCUUUGAAACAAUAAAAACUACCACCAAUAACCAAGGUCAUCCCUUGAGUGAACCAUUCUGGAAGCUGCCAUCUAAGAGAUACUAUCCAGAUUACUAUAAAGAAAUCAAGAACCCUGUGUCAUUAUCACAGAUCAGGAAUAAACUCAAGCGUGGUGAUUAUGGCACAGUGAGUGAAGUAGCUGGUGACAUGAACAUCAUGUUUGAGAAUGCAAAGAAGUAUAACCGUCCAGACUCGCGUCUUUAUAAGGAUGCAGUUAAGCUGCAGAAGAUCAUGCAGACCAAGGUGCAGGAACUGCUUGAGUUUGAUCAGGACUCUGACAGUGAAGAAGACUCCGAUGAUCGGGGCUCACGUGGUCGACGUCGUGGGCGCAAUGCAGGAGGUGCCAGUGCAUCAAGAGGUUCCCGUUACCGUGAUGAGCCAUCAUUGAAGAAGAGGCUUCAUGGACUCGCCAAAUGUCUGAUCGACUACGUGCGAGAAGAUGGACGUCAGCCAAUUCUCAUGUUUAUGGAGAAACCAUCGAAAAAGCUAUACCCAGAUUAUUUCCAGGUGAUUACAGAUCCAAUUGAUAUGUUGACCAUUGAAGCCAACAUUAAGAGUGAUAAGUACACUUCUGAAGAAGAAAUCAUAGCUGAUUUUAAGCUGAUGUUCAACAAUUGUCGUCAGUAUAAUGAAGAAGGCUCAAUGAUCUAUGAAGAUGCCAAUAAGCUAGAGGAUGUGCUUGCAGAAAAGAUGAGAGAGAUGGGUCUGGGCACCAUUGAAUCAGUGGCAUCAUCAUCAUCAUCAGCAGCAGCAGUGCCUGCAGUUGCAGCCGUUACAACAACACCAUCAGAUAGUACUAGUGUCAGAAGGACUGUAGAGCGAAGAGUUGUGAAACCAAGGAAGAAUACAACUGUGCUUGCCCAGAAGUUACGCACAUUGUAUGACACCAUACGUGACUACAAGGAUCCAAAAGGCAGGCAGCUCAGCCUCAUCUUCCUAAAACUUCCCUCCAAGCUUGAGUACCCAGACUAUUAUGAAGUGAUAAAACGGCCCAUUGACCUGGACCGCAUCUCACAGAAGCUGAAGUCUUCACAAUAUGAGGGCCUGGAUGACAUGGUGUCUGAUUUUGUGCUCAUGUUUGACAAUGCCUGCAAAUAUAAUGAGCCUGAUUCGCAAAUUUACAAGGAUGCCCUGAUGCUACAGAGGGUGGCCCUUCAAACUAAGCUGCAGUUGCGUGAAGAUGAAGAAGCUGUGCCAGAUGUCACUGCAGCAGUCCAGGAGCUACUCACAUCACUCUUCAUCUCAAUAUAUAAUCACCAGGAUGAAGAGGGUCGCUGUUUCUCUGACUCUAUGGCUGAAUUGCCAGAACAUGAUGAAAUUGAUGGUUCAAAGAUUCGGGCACUGUCUUUGGAUCUUAUAAAGAGGCGACUAGACCGAGGAUUAUAUCGUCGGCUGGACACGUUCCAAGAAGACAUAUUUGCCUGCUUGGAAAGAGCACGUCGUUUGUCUCGAACUGAUUCGCAAGUGUUUGAGGAUUCUAUUGAACUACAAUCAUUUUUCAUUAGACAGAGAGAUGAACUCUGUCGUGGUGGUGAUCUUUUACAUUCUCCUGCACUGAGCUACACGCUGCUGCAUUUGGCAGCUGCGGUGGAGGCAACACGACAACAAAAGCUGUUGCAGGAACAACCUGAGGAGGAAGCAGAAACACGAAGUUCUGAAGAUUCACUCAGGGAUGCUGGAGGAAAUGCAUCUUCAGGUGACUCCGUGAGCUUCAAUCAGCAGGUCUACAGAAUUGGAGACUUUGUCUAUGCAGAGCCAAAGGAACGUGGAAUGGAUACCAGUAUUGUAAACAUUGAGAGGUUAUGGACUAACCAAGAGGGACAGCAGAUGAUGUAUGGGAAUUACUUCUACCGUCCCAAUGAGACUUAUCAUGUUACGACUCGAAGGUUCUUGGAGAAGGAAGUUUUCAAGAGUGAUGUGCAUGUUGCAAUACCACUAGAUCAAGUACUAGGGCUUUGUUGUGUUUUAAGCGUGAAGGACUAUUUCCGCUCCAGACCUGAGGGCUUCACUGAUAAGGAUGUGUAUGUUUGUGAAUCACGAUAUUCCACAAAAGCACGGGCCUUCAAAAAAAUUAAGUCAUGGCCUUCCAAUAUGUCACAGCAUUUGACACUGAUACCUAGAGAAGAGGUACUAGAACCAAAGCGUGUGAUGUCAGUAUUCCGAGAACGAGUGGAAAAGCACAAAGAAGAGAUAGCAGAGCUGGAAGAAAGGGAGAAACUUGUAGAAAAGGAGAAACCGAAUGUAGAGGUGUUGAAUGGCCAGACUCCAGAUGGUUGUACAUACUAUGAACAGUUCAAUACGCCAUGCGGUGUAGUCCGCACAGGUGACUGUGUCUAUGUACGCACAGAUAUAGGCCGCCAACUCAUUGCUCAGGUGGAUACUGUAUGGACGAAUAAACAGGGUAUGUGCUUCUUUCGAGGCCCAUGGCUUGUGACACCCCCAGAGAUUCCUCAUGCUCCAACACGACUAUUCUAUAAGCAGGAAGUGUUCCUGAGCACCCUGGAAGACACCAACACAGUAGACAGCAUAGUGGGCAAAUGUGCAGUUCUUGAACAUGGGGAAUAUAUCUCUUGUCGCCCAACAGAAAUCCCAGAGCACGAUGUGUAUGUAUGUGAAUCAGUUUAUGAUGAAGCAAGGCGCCAAGUGAAGAAACUUCCCCGAGAAGGCCUGAAGAAGUAUAGCCACAGCAAUGCAGUCACUGAGGAUGAAAUCUACUUCUUCCGCAGACUGAUAAACCCACCCAAGAUUGGAAGUGAUUCUGCCCAAUCACAGCCUGUUGAAAGCAUGAAAACAUCCCUGCACUAUGACAUGGCCCCAUCACCACUGUUGCCCAGGAUGAAGCCUGACAUGCUGCAAAUGGAGGACUCGCUGGAUGGAGGGCCACCCUCCGUUGGUUCAGGGGAUACUGCUGCACCUGUUGCUGUUACUGGUUCUGCCUGUGUUAUAUUCCAGGCCCCAUCACCACUGUUGCCCAAGAUGGAGCCUGACAUGCUGCAGUUGGAGGACUCACUGGAUGGAGGGCCACCCUCUGUUGGUUCAGGGGAUACUGCGCCACCUGUUGCUGUCACCACCCCUGUUUCUUCCAAGAAGAAAUCAUCUGGCAAGAAAUUGGUGACAGGCUACAUUCUGUACUCAAGUGAUGUCCGCCGAUCUGUGGCAGCCAAUCACCCGGAGUCCAGUUUUGGAGAAAUCAGUCGUAUUGUUGGAAAUGAGUGGCGCAACCUGCCAGCACAGGAGAAGCAGUGCUGGGAGGAGAGGGCAGCUAAGGUGAAUGAGGAAAGUGCUGCCAAAUUUGCACAAGAAGAAGCAGCAGCAGCGGCAUUAGCAUCUGCAAGCCCUACCUCUGCUACAUCCAUGUUGAUCAAACCUGUCAUGAAUCUCAAUAAUUGUUCUCAAGAUCAGGUUGUUGAGAAUCUAGUCUUUGAGUGUUGCUGGGACAAUUGUGAUUGGCAGUUUGAGGACUUGACUGACUGCAUUGAUCACUGUAUCCAAGAACCUAAUGGCCAUGUACACCAGCAUUUUGCUAACAUACCUCCUCAAGACUGUGAAUUCCAGUGUCAGUGGCGGGGAUGUGGACGUAUCAAAAAGGGAGCUCCACCCUUCCCAAAUGCCCAGCGUCUUGCUCGUCAUGUCAAAGAAGUUCAUAUUCAGAAAGGCAAUGGACGUUCCAUAGCCCCCUCAGACCGCAGCAAGAACUUUGUGGCUUCGCGUCGGCCACCUAUGCCUCCUGCCAGACCGCUGGCUUCUGCUGCCAUCCCUCAGAAUCAUCUCCAGCAUGUUGCACUGGGUUCAACUGCUGGGCAGAAUUUGUCUGCGUCCCACCAGGCUCACUCACGACAAACACCUUCACCCCUUGCCCAUGUACCAGGUUGUGGUAUGACAACAAGUGGAGUACAGUCACGUCCAGUUGAGCCACUCUUCAUAAGUGUUCCCCCUCGCCCACAGCGACUUCUACAUUCUGAAGCUUACAUAAAGUAUAUUGAAGGCCUGCAAGCUGACAGCAAGCACAUAUCACACUGGGACAAGCAUCUGAAAGCGACACCAGACAACACAGCUAUCCCUGACCCAUCUCGUUUGCCCGCACACUGGCUUGGAAAUGGUGUUGGGAAUCAUGGAAAUAUUGUCAAUGCCUUGUGGACAUUGCGUGACUUCAUGAUGAGAGAUGCACUUGGCAUAAACAAAGUUAUUUAGAAACCUACAUGUAUCUGUUAUUGUUUUUACUACAAAUGACAUUACACUAUUUGUGGGUGCUGACUGUUGGACUAAAAAGCCAGUGUGUGUAUUAGCAUCAAUCCCUAUUGCAACUUGGCAUCCUUCUCUAGAGAUCAGAGGAAUUUCAUACCACAUCAUCAGUUUUAGUGCUGCGAAGUAUUGUGUGAAUGUAACGUUAAACUAUUCAUACUUAAUUUUUUACAUGUGACAGGUAUUAGCAGACUAGAGUAUUAAAAUUCCUCUGAAUAUAAAUAUUAGUAAACUUUCUUGGCCUACACAGCCAAGUGAUGGCCUUUUAAAUUCCAGAUGUGGCAGACCAUACAUGCCAUAAGUUUGUCCUGUUUUAUAAUGAUAUUAUUACAAAUUUAUUAUAUUUGCUUCAACAGAAAUUCUAUCACCAUGUGUGUCUAAAAUGCUUCUAAAAGAUUCUAAGAUUGUUGAACAUUUAUUUUUAACCAAUUUGACCACUUCUGAGGGGAGAGGGUUUUCUUACUAACAGUCUUGUGAUAGGCUGCAGAAACAAAAAAGUCCUGAAAUGAUUAUACUUUGCUUCAAAUGGCCAUUCCUUCUUUAUUGGUCCACAGAACUGUUUAAAAACAGUUAAAGAGCUCCAAUGCUUAUGUCAUUAGCCCUCUCAUAAAUGUCACACUCUUCUAGUCUGAUUAUUGUUUCAAGGUUUUCAUAUUAAAAAAGUAUAAGUACAGGUACUCCUUCAUUGGUGCAACAGUUUUGUUCCAAAAAUAAAAUCACAUGGGAUGAAAUCAUA